UGUUGUGCAGGAUAAACAUGGGCGUGAGCUUUACAGUUAUGAUGGCAGCGAUCACGAAAGGGGGGACCGUCCCAGAGAUCCACGAGUGAUCAUGGUAGAUCCCAAUCAACGUAGUUCAAAACGCCCAAGGUCUGCUAUGCACAAGCAAUUCAUGAUGCUAACUUUGAUAAUGGUUUAUAGUAGUAGCAGGAGUUACUCGUCCCAGCACUAUCACUCCGAUCCCUCUUAUAGGUACCAGGAUGACUACUCGUCCAAUAAAUACCACUCCGAUCCCUCUCACAGGCACCACGAUGACUACUCGUCUCAUAGAUAUCACUCUGGUCCAUCAUACAAGCACUACGACGACUACUAUCAUGAGCACAGGGGUAGAGCCUACAGGGAUAGAGACUACAGAGACCCCUACCGGGACAGAGAAUAUAGAGAUCCCUACCGGGACAGGGAAUACAGAGAUAGGGAAUACAGAGACAAGGAAUACAGAGACAAGGAAUACAGAGACAAGGAAUACAGAGACAAGGAGUACAGAACACGGGAUCACCGAGACAGACAGCCGCGAGAUAGGGGCUACCAUGGAAGGGAUGAUUGGCAGCCCGAGGACCAGCCGCGAGGAUCACACUCAUCGAUGCACAGAUCAAACAGCCACCGCAGCCAUACUUCGUCGAACAUGUCCGAAAGGCAAUUUUCACAGGCUCUUCCGGAUGACCGCCAAUCCAAUUCCAGUCGGCUGCGUGACGGGUCUCAUCCCCAAGACAUGCACCCCAUCGAGGAGAUCGCUGAUGGGAUGCAAUCCCUCCAAAUUUGAGAAUUUCAUUGGGGAGCACGUCUGCUGUGCAUGAUAGAUAAUUAUUGUAAUGCUACCACUGACAUUAUCUCCGACCACGACUUGUAUUGUGCUUGUGUUUGGCAGCGCCAUGCACCCCACGACCGGUCACCGAAUUUAUUUCUUCUUUACUAAGCUUCAGCGUUCCCCCAUUAAACUUGCCCACUCCCAUCCCGAGACCCCUGACUCGUUUUUGACGGUCUGAUGACCCAGAUGAUGCAUCAAACAAUCUCUUGAGAGUAGGAUGGUAGUUUCCCAGGUUUUUGGCCUAAACGCAAACUGUUAAGAUACGAU